AUGUUGAGUAAUCCUCCCGUUUCCCGAGACUUCAGGCCUCUUCCUCAUUGGCAACCUCGAGGAAAAGGCAACAGUUGUCACGGGAUCGCGCGUCAGCGACGUGAAGGCCAAGCACGUGGCGGCCUUGGCCUCCAGGCAGCGACGGGGACUAUCACGAGUGAUGAAUGGUUCCGAACUCGCGUUCAACCUUGGCUUCUUGGCGACUGAUGAGGUUGGGGCCGGAACACUCAGACCACGACGGGACGCGCGGGCCCCGGCGCGCCGAAUCCCCAACAUCGCCGGAAAGGGGGAUCGAGCGAUCAUCUCUUGGCCGCUUACGGGGAGACGGACGAACAAAGAGCUGGGCUUGACGACAGUAUGAGAGUUCAUGAAUAUAAGUAUGCCCUCUCUCACCCCGCUUCAAAGACCAACCUCUCCACCAUCAACACCACAACCAAUUUCACCCUCUCACCAAACCGAUCAAACCACACCAGCAACUUCACCACCGCCGAAAGAACCACCACCAAAAUGUCCACCCCCACCGACCCCCGCCCAACCUUCUUCCUCAACCUCCCCACCACCUCCCUCCCCACCGCCACCACCUUCUACACCACCCUAGGCUUCACCCCCGUCCCCGCCUGGAACGACGACAGCACCUCGGUGCUCCUCCUCCCGGCGCCCAACCAGUCCGUCUGCCUGAUGCUACACACCCACUCCCGCUUCGCGCAGUUCACGCGCCGCGGCACCGCCAUCGCCGACCCGCGCGCUGCGCAGCAGGCGCUGUUCUCGAUUAUGUGCAAGGACAAGGAGGGGGUGGAUGGCUGGUUGGGGAGGGCGGAGGGGGCGGGGGGGAAGAGGGAUCCGUAUGUGAUGGAGGGGUUUGGGGAGGGGAUGGGCAUGUAUGUAAGGAGUUGGGAGGAUUUGGAUGGGCAUGUGUGGGAGGGGGUUUGUUUGUUGGCUGGGGUUGGGGGUGGUGCCGGGGAACAGGGCAAGGUGGAGUAGAGAGGAGGAGGGGGGGGGCCUUUGCAGGACAACGAGGUUGUGGUGUUGGGGAUGAGGGCGAAGGGGGUUUGUUGAAAUCGGACUCAGGGGAGCACACUGCACGAUCUCUCAGCUGUUGGCCUUCCGCGGGUAGUCACCCCAUCCCGGAACAACGUUAUUCUGAUUCCCCCGUCCACUUCAAGUUCAUUCCUUCCGAAUCAUCGGGG